UGCUUCGUAGACUGAAAACAAGCGCGAAUAUAAAUUGUAGAUAUUUAUAAAAAAAAAAACAUGUUAAAAAAUCAGAAAAUUUUACACUGUUGACCUCUACGUAUGAUAAUCAUUUUUAACGCGCGAAUCAAUUGAAAUGACACAUGCGGGAGAUACUCGAUCGUGACAAGUGACGAUUCCGGGCGAGUAUUUGGGAGAGAGCGCGGCGUCGCGACGCCGCGUCGGAGAAGGCGCACGUCAGAGAGCGUGACAGACGACCGAGUGCGAAAAAGGAAGGAGAGGGGGGGGGAAGGAGGGAGAUCGCAAUACGUACACAUACGCGCGGAUAGUGAAGGACGGCGGAGUUGCAACCGUGGGGCGUAAAUACUCGCGACUCUGGGUGGACUCGGUGAAUCCGGUUAGUACUGUGGUAGUACUCGGCGACGACGACAGCGGUGGCGGCGAGUCAGUUCCUCGCGUUCGAAUCGAUAAUUCGAGCGCGAUCUUGACAGUUGAGAGACUUCGUGAAAUCGUCCUCCUUUUCCUCCUUCUCUCGCGGAAUAUACGCAUAGGAGUGAUAAGAGCUCGCGUCCUGAUCAUCGACAUCCUAUAGUUGUUUUAUUAAUAUCAUAUAGUACCCAUAUCCGGCACAACUGACGUACGUCUUCUGGCUGGAGCGGGACUCGCGAUAUCACGGUGGACGACGACGACCAUGAUAAACAGCGACCAAGGGUUACAGACAAUGAGAAACAGACCGCGUAAUCUGCAAGCGCGUCGCAGGAGAUGGCCCCUGCGACUGGGUCUGUUCCUGAUUUACGUCCUCGUACAGUAUGUCGCCUCCGCAAGGACCACAUCAUCCGAGACGACGAUGACGACGCUCAUCUCGAGUUCCACGCAGUAUGAAAGUACAAUGUCGACAGAAUCUUUGAUUACCGAGGAAGCGAUAGAAAAAUCAUCGACAGUCUCGUCGGUCGGCGAAAAGCCGGGAAAAAAAAUUCAUACCGAGGGAUCUAAAAACGAAAAGGCAUCGAGAGGACACGAAGAUGCGAAAGCAUCCGAGAAAGAGACAAGUGUGCGAGAUCUGAAAGAAACCGCGAAGGAGGGAAAGGAUGCGUUGAAGAAGGAAACCGAGACACCUCUGUUGAAACAUGUUCAAAGCAGUAGCACCACGGUCACUACAAUUAUCCAGACGACCCAUGUAACGAAGCCUUACCCGUACCCUACCGUGAGACCGCGAAGACCUAAUUGUUCGGCGCCCGCCAUAGAACAAUUUCCACAACCGUUGAUGGGUCCAGAGACUAGAAAACAUGGUGGACUUAUAAUACACAUUCUGGUCGCAAUCUAUACAUUCCUGGGCCUCGCCAUAGUAUGCGAUGAUUAUUUUGUCUCAAGUCUGGAUAGAAUCUGCGAAGAAUUAAGGCUGUCUCCCGAUGUUGCCGGAGCCACCUUCAUGGCAGCCGGCUCUUCCGCGCCUGAAUUAGCGACGGUGAUCAUCGGUGUAUUUUUCGCUAAAGAUGACAUUGGAGUGAGCGGCGUUAUUGGCAGCGCCGUUUUCAAUAUAAUGUUUGUUAUAUCGAUUUGCGGCCUAUGUUCCGCUACGGCCUCCAAAUUAAAUUGGUGGCCUCUCUGUCGAGACUGUUUUUUUUACGCCAUCUCGAUUCUCGUGAUGCUUGGUACUAUUUACAACGAGUCCAUAUCUUGGCCAGAGGCUCUGUUCAUGCUGUUCAUGUACGGAGUCUAUUGCGUGGCGCUUUCGUUCAACGUUAAAUUGGAACGUUGGGCAAAGUCGUACAAUAUUCCAUUCCUGCCAAAAGACGAUGAACCCGCCGAGGAGAGUGCCCUAGUGAGUUAUAGGUCCUUACAAGAGGAUCGAUUAUCCUACACCGGUCCUAACUCGCCAAUUACUGAGCAAAUAAAGAAUCAGGAAGGAAAUGGCGUUCAAGAAACGAUCGAGCAGCAGCAGCAACAGCAACAACAACAACAACAACCAGCACCGAAACAGCCUGAAUAUUAUAAAGCAAAGGAACCGGAUCCUAACGAAGUGUCGCCUCUCGUGAUGCCAACAGAUGGUAAUAAAUGGACUUUAUUCACCUGGGGUCUUGUGUAUCCCAUCCAUUUUAUGUGCCGAGCGACAAUGCCAGAUUGCCGACAAGAGAAGUGGCGGAGCUGGUAUCCCUUUACCUUCUGUAUAUCGAUGAUCUGGAUUAGUUUCUACAGUUACAUAAUGGUGUGGAUGAUCACAAUUAUAGGAAGCACUCUGGGCAUUCCCGACACCGUGAUGGGCUUGACUUUCGUUGCGGCUGGCGUAAGCGUACCAGAUGCCCUUUCCUCGCUGGCUGUCAUAAAGGAAGGUCUCGGUGACAUGGCGGUCAGUAACGCUGUAGGUAGCAAUGUCUUCGACAUUUUAGUUUGCCUCGGUCUUCCGUGGUUUAUACAGACUGCCAUGAUACAGCCCGGCUCGCAUGUAAACGUCACCAGCAGAGGUUUGACGUAUUCCACCAUUUCUUUGCUAUCGACGGUGAUAUUUCUAGUGCUGGCAACACACUUGAACGGCUGGAAGCUAGAUCGGCGAUACGGCGUGGUCUUGAUGCUCUGGUACUUGAUAUUUAUCGUGUUCGCGUCGCUUUAUGAGCUCAACGUAUUCGGCGAAAUGAAUCCUCCAGUAUGCCCCAGCACGUUCUAAUGCAAAAUACGCCUUGUUCGUUUCCGACCUUUGCUUUGCUCAAACGCGGAACGAUCGUCCGGAAUUAAGAGUCGUCGUCUCGGCCGAUCGGAUCGCGAACGAUGACGCGCGCACGGUAUCGCGGUAAACGCUCAGCGACUUCGUUCCCUUCAUCCUUCCCCUUUCUACUCGAUGAGCGAAGGUGAAUAAGAAGAUGGAAGAGAUUAGAAACUAGCUGCAUGUCGGAACAAGUAUAGUCUUUAGCUUGCUGCGGAAUUGAAAUGACUGUUUCAGGUUUUUUAGGUAAGAAAAAAAGGGCUUCAGCUUUCUUUCUUUCUGGGCUGUUAUAGAGAAAAUGCAGACAAUAUGUGCUCGCGCGUGAGUACACAGGCAUUGUAUCCUAUUGGUGCUAUCGAAAGUGACGAACGAGUAUUUUGCUUGCUUCCAUUCGCGAUUACGAGUUCGAUCGAUACGGAUUUCUCACAGUUGAAUGAAAGUACAGGCAAGUUACGAUUUUUUCCAGCAACGAAUAAUUAAAUCUCUCGGGAUACAAGAACUCUUGAACAGACAAUACAACUGUACCAAUAUUAUAGUCACUAUAUUGGAGUGUAUUAACGGUAUAGCGGACAGUUGUUUGUUAUAAUAAAAAUCGGCGUGUUUCAAAUUGAUCGUUGUAAAGUUUCAACUCUCUCAAAUCUUAACUCUUAGCCACAGACCUUAUUAUGUAUGUCGCGCGCAAGACUUAUUCGAAUCGAGGUACAAGAUGUGAUACGUUUUAUACAGCCAUAUCGUGCAAAUGCCUGAAUACCAUGGAAGGAAUGCGUUUUGACAAUUAAUCGUUUUAUAUAUAUCCUAACAUUAUAUAGACUAAAAAGAUACAGUAGAUAUAUACAGCUUGUUAGAAUAGAUUUUAGGAGCGUUAUGUCUGCGGCUAAAUGUUAAGACUGUUAACCGUGUUCUAGGAAUAUCGAUAGAAAUUGAAAUUAAUGUUUCUACGGAAUGUAUAUGCAAGAGUUUUUUUUUAAUUGUUAUCGCAUUCGCAACACAUAAGCGUGAUCCUUACAUCUUUAAUUUGAUGAGUUGUGGGAGCUUUUUUCAGAUACAUUUUUCAUCACGCGAUAUAAUAUAUAUAAUGCUUUGCGUGAAAUGUAUGCAAUGAAAAUAAGAAUUAUUUUCGUGCACCUCGAGAUAUAAUUUAUUAAAAUAAUUAGGGUUUUUUUCGUUCAAGUGUGCCGAUAUUCAAGUAAGCCGAAAGAGACGAGACUUCGCGAGAUCAAAGGAAAUCCCUCGUUAGCGUGAGUGUAAGCGCACGUAAGAUCACAUUUUUCCUCGAAUAUCAAAUGACAAUAGAUAUCUGAAGUCCGCGUGAAAAUAAAAACUGUUCUCAAAAGUAAACGGAAUUUUCCAAGAAUAGAGGAGCAAGCGAAAUUUCAUUCGUGACAAAAAAAAAAAGAGAGAGCGACGAGGAGGGAGGGGCAAAGGGAGAGUUGGUUUUCUCCACAAGGGCGAACGAGCGCUGAAAGAGACAAUAAUUAACGCAGCCUUAUCCGAUGAAAGUAUCUACAACCAACACUAUAUACUGCGCGUUCCUUGAGACCGAGGGAAACCUCGCACGGUGUACAAUCGGCGUAUCUCUCCGCUUCCGGGAUCCUUUGAUCUUUCGAGCGCGCCGGGAUCACUAUCGAUUGCAAGUUUUUUAAUUCUGCGACGGAAUUCUCGCAGGGGAAUUGAAGAAGCGAUGGAAAUAUUAAAAUAUAAAAACUUCAAAAUCGUAUAUAUGUAUUCGGUUAAAAGUGAUAAAAAAAUGAAUGACUUGGAUCUGAUAGGAAUGAGCACUGCAGAUAAUCGACGUAACAUUUAUAUAAAGCUUUCUUUUUAUAUAUAUUGACUUAUAUAUUUUAUAUAUCCUGCGAGUGCUCCGUCGACGCGGCUCGUUGUUUCUUUGAAUCGAAUAAUCGCGGAUACGCGAUCCGUCAGAGAUCGCAAGGAUCGCGCAGACGCUUUAUAGUGUGUGAUUAUAAAAAUAUCUAGCGUACAUAUAUGUAAUAUAAUAUAAUAUAUAAUAACGCGAAGGCUUAGAAGAGAUCUCAUACGACUAUUGAACGUUCAACGUGUUUGUUCACUACGUUUAUCCGUUAUUGUUAGCGCGUUAGAGCGAUGAGAAUUAUGCAUAUAUAUAUAUAUAUAUAUAUAUAUAUAUAUAUGAAUAUAAUACAGCGUUUCGAUGCGUUUAAUGCUGAUGAUGCUCGGGUUACGGUAAUCAGGAUUAUAUUAAAUUAUUGCUUUAAUAAUUCACGACCGGCCAAGACGAAAAAAAUCAUUCUGAAUCUCGUGAGCAGCAUUUCAGCAUUGAGACGCGUCGACGCAUCGGCUUCCAGGAUUUAGGGAGCGCCGAGAUCGAUUUUUUAGCAAGGCGCCUUUUAGAUCUACGUUAAGCGGACCAGUCUCGCUAUCGAUUUCGCGGAUCAUCGCGAUAUCAAUUGAACACACAAUUCGAAAAGGAAACAUAAACUUCUCGUUUGCAUACAGGAGAAACGAAAAAACAUUCGUUAGAAGCGAAGUACUUAAAAUUUAGGCUUUUUAUGUUGAUUUACGAAAAGAUGUAACUGUCAAAGUCUUAAUAAUUGGAUUUUGAAAUUUGUGAGAUUUCCCUUUUUUAGAGAAAACGAGAUCAUCCGCACCGUUGAUGAAUGAAAGUUGCAAAGAUUCGCGGGUCCGCAUCUCGAGCAUCGAAAUAGAACGUAGGGAUUUAAGUUAUGUUAAGAGGUCUCUACCCGUCUAAUUUUUCCACUUAAAACAGUUAAACGAUCGUUCGGGAACCGGUGUCAUUAGAGUCAAUUCACUUUGUGACAAUUAAUUAGAAAGUAGUAUUAGAGAAAAACGCGGGACGAGAAAGAAGAGAGGCACGUCCUCUUUUUUCUUCGGUUCGCCCGAUCAAUUCGACGGUGUCCUUAAUAGUGUAAUCGAAGUCAAUACUACCUUUUUAGACGUUUCUCUCUUUCAUAAUUCCAUAUAAAUCGCCCGUCCUCUAUAAUGUGUCCUGUUUACGUCCAGCGGUUCCUGAAUCUUGAUCGCGCGGGAAAGAUAACGUAUUUGUUUCGCACGUUAUAUUAUAUAUGCACAGAAAUACACACAUGCAAGUACUCUUGUACAAAAAAAGAAAUUCAACAGCAAGAUAAUAACGAUAAUAUCGUUAUCGAUAAGAGGAAUAAUAUGUAAAACACGACGGGGGUGAAACAAGAUGUAGAUGAGACGUAUAAUCUUGUUUUUGAGAGAUCUACUGGUAUAAGCGUAUAUAGAUUUUAUAUCACAUUGUGUACUUAGAUUAUAUUACCAAGAUAUUACCUGAUUAUAAUUAAGUUUAUACAGUCAUCUCCUCUACUUGCAGUAUUAUUCACAGUCUUCGUCGAAUAUGUUCGUAUGUACCUGUAAUGAUUGCGUGGAGGGAGCCCCGUAAUAACUCAUUUCGAAAUUUUCAUCAUUUGUCUUGCUUCUUUAAUUUCAUCUUCUUCGCGGAUUGUCAGGUCGUCUGUACAAACGGCAACUUUGCAAAAGUAUCAUAAUAUAAACAAAUACGCGACACACAUACUCUCUCUUAUAUAAGUAAAUAAAUCUCUUAUAUAAAUAUAACUAAUUAUAUAAUAGCAUAAAGAAAGUGGACAUACAACGAAUAACAACGAUAUUGGCUGCCGCCAAGAAGUGUGAUAGCUGUAAGCUGCUAAUUUGCAUUCUUACAAAUGUAUUUUACUUUAUUCUUAAGUUGAGCUUCUCAGUGUCUCGAUAUUUUUUCAUGAACUGUACACAAAGCAAGAAGCACAUAUACGGGUAUUACCGGGAUCUCUCCGACUUAUGUCUUUUUCCAUCGUUAUAUAUUCAAGUUUCCAGAAUUAUAUCCUAACGCGUCAAUAUAUAUCUAGUCAUAGCUUAUUACAACGUUAUGUAAAUAAUUGUUCUAUUAAUAUCCCAUAUACAUAUAAAUAUUAUAUAUAAUAUAUUUAUUUAUAGAAUA